CUUAAAGUCAUAUGAUUCACAGCAAAUAUAGCAACAAAUAUCUCAAUUGGUAUUUUCCAAAGCCACGAAACGUGCAUUGAGUUUGGAGCGAUAUCUGAAGUGAAGAUUGAAGACGUGAUAGAAGAUGGACGACUACUGCUAUGCUAAGAUGGCGACGUCCGCUAAAAGAGAACAUGAAAGAGAAUCAACUUCCAGCAAAUCACCGACGGAGAUAAAGACGAAAGAUGAAGACGUCCAGCAGCUGAUCGGUAAUCCAGAAGAAGUUACCCCUCAGUUAGGGGGGAGCUCCACUUUGAAGCAGGAGACUCCACAACCACCCUGCAUCAAAAAGGAAGAGGAGGAACUCUGCAUCACUCAGGAGGGAGAGUGUCUUCUAGGACGAGAGGAAGCUGAUUACACCAAGUUUCCACUGAGUAUUCUCUCUGUGAAGACUGAAGAUGAUGAAGAGAAACCACAAGUAGACAACCUCUUAGCUCCACUAUCAGAUAGUGAGGCUGAAGACGAGGUUGAAGUAACUUUGAGCAGCGAUAAAGACUGUGAAGGUGAUAUGAGGACUCACACUGACAACAAACACUCUGAAUGCUCUACAAAGAAGAGAGGUAAAACAUGUUUGAGCUGCUCAGUUUGUGCUGAAAGUUUUACUCAAAAGAGCAGUUUGACUCGACACAUGAGAACACACACAGGUGAAAAACCAUUCAGUUGUUCAGUUUGUGCCAAAAGCUUUUCUCGAAAAUGUGGUUUGACUCAACACAUGAGAACACACACAGGAGAAAAAACAUUUAAUUGUUCCCUUUGUAGCAAAAGCUAUUCGCGAAAUUGCAGUUUGACUGAACACAUGAGA